AAGGUCACGGCGCCCACAAUGGAGCUGUCGCCGUACGCGCAGGGCGGGUGGCGGCUGCUGGGCGACCCCCGCCGCUUCCCCCGCCGCCCGUUCGCCGCCCUGCUCCGCGCCGCCUUCCGCAGCCUCCUGGAUGACCCGCAGGCCGCGCUGGAUGAUCCAGACCUGAAAGAUAUUGACCCUACAGUAUUAAAACAUUGCCAUGCUGCGGCUGCAAUGUGUAUUCUGGAGGCAGGGAAGCAGAAAGCUGACAUAUCUGCUAUAAGCACAUGCCUAGAAGACUGCAAACUGGAUAAAGAGAGGAUAGAACAAUUUUGCACCGAAUAUCAGAAAAACAAGGAUGCAUUGGAAAUCCUAUUGGGAAGCAUAGGCAGAUCUCCUCUCCAUAUAACUGACGUGUCUUGGCGCUUGGAAUAUCAGAUCAAGAACAAUCAACUUCAUAAAACUUAUCAGCCUUCCUAUUUGGUGACCUUAAAUGUAGAGAACAGUGAUUCAGGAUCACACCCAGAUGUUAGUUUUAGUUGUACAAUGGAGCAAUUACAGGACUUAGUGGGAAAGCUAAAAGAUGCUGCAAAAAGUCUAGAACGACCGGCAGAGUCCGCGGGAUGGAGCGGAGCCGGGUGGCGGCUCCGGCUCGACGGCGCGGCUGCUGCCGGCGUCUGCGGCUCGCCCUGGGCCGCGCUGCUCUCCGUUCGCUCCCGCCCGCAGCUGCGGAGGGGCUCCGAGGCGCGCUCCGCCCGCACCUGCCGCCGAGGGACAGCGGCCCCGCGCAGGAUGCGCGGCGGCGGCCGGUCCCUCACGGCGGAGCAUUUUCCUCUCCGCUCCUCAGCGCCCGAGCGGCGGGAGGCGUCUUACCCUCGCCGGAGGCGAGCACCGCGUGGGUUUCCCCCGUUCCCUCCCUCCCGCUCGGGGCCGUCCGUCCCGCCCGCGGGAUGUGGGGACCCCGCGGGACCCCGCGACACCCUCUCCCGCCGCCGCUCGGGGCGGAGAAGCGCCCGCGCGGCCCUCGAGGGGACGCGCUGCCUCGACGGCGGCGGCUCCGCGCGGCCCCGGGAGGGCGCGGCGGGGCGAGGGGCGCGCGGCUGCGCGCACGCGGUGGCGGAGGCGCGAGGCCGCGGUGCGGGUGCCCGCGGGGUCCCCGCGCGGCGGGACGGGGCGUGCGGGGGUGGGAGCGCGCAACAAGUGCGCGGAGGGAGGCGAGGGCUGCGCGGGCAGGGCGGCGGGCGGCGUGUGGAGCCGGGGAGCCGGCGGGCUGCGGGGCUGUGGGGCUGCGGCGCGGCCAGGAUGGAGAGGGCAGCGCCGGCCAGGGCGGGGGGCGCGGCGGCUGAAGGGGAGCCGCGGCGCGGGCGGAGGGAGCGCGGAGAAGGAGGGCGGGAGGCGCUGCGGCGGGCGGGAGCCGCGGAGCGGGGCCGGGGGUCGGGGCGGGCGCGUCUGCAGUUCAUUUCAAGAUGGCCGCUUGGCUCACAUUCAUUUUCUGCUGAACGACUUUUAACUUUCAUUGUCUUUUUUGGCCGCUCCGAUCAUCACCAACCGGCUCCGUUUUCCGGAGCCGCUCCUCGCCACGCCAAAAUGCACCGAACAACCAGAAUCAAAAUAACCGAGCUAAACCCCCAUCUCAUGUGCGUGCUCUGCGGCGGGUACUUCAUUGAUGCAACAACCAUCAUAGAGUGCCUCCACUCCUUUUGUAAGACCUGUAUCGUGCGCUACUUGGAGACCAGCAAGUAUUGUCCUAUCUGUGAUGUCCAAGUUCACAAAACUCGACCGCUUUUGAAUAUAAGGUCAGAUAAAACUCUCCAGGAUAUUGUAUACAAGCUAGUACCAGGCCUUUUCAAAAAUGAAAUGAAAAGAAGAAGGGAUUUUUAUGCUGCUCAUCCGUCGGCUGAUGCUGCCAAUGGCUCUAAUGAAGACAGAGGAGAAGUAGCUGAUGAAGACAAAAGAAUUAUAACAGACGAUGAGAUAAUAAGCUUAUCCAUUGAAUUCUUUGACCAGAAUAGACUGGAACGAAAAGGAAAUAAGGAGAAAGAAAAGUCAAAGGAAGAGGUGAAUGACAAAAGAUACUUGCGCUGCCCAGCAGCAAUGACAGUGAUGCAUCUAAGAAAGUUCCUGCGGAGUAAGAUGGAUAUACCUAACACUUUCCAGAUCGAUGUGAUGUAUGAAGAGGAGCCUCUGAAGGACUACUACACCCUAAUGGAUAUUGCCUACAUCUAUACCUGGAGGCGGAAUGGGCCUCUGCCCUUGAAAUACCGGGUCCGACCCACUUGCAAGAGGAUGAAGAUCAGUCACCAGAGGGAAGGCUUGAAUAAUAGUGGGGAGCUGGAAAGUGACUCUGGGAGCGACAAGGCAAGCAGCCCAGCAGGAGGCAUCCCCUCCACCUCCUCCUGUUUGCCCAGCCCCAGCACACCAGUCCAGUCUCCUCACCCCCAGUUCCCCCACAUCUCCAGCACCAUGAAUGGCACCAGCAGCAGCCCCAGCAGUAACCACCAGUCCUCCUUUACCAACAGAGCUCGGAAAACAUCAAUAAAUGGCUCCUCAGCCACUUCAUCUGGUUGAUGUGCCAACCAGGCUACCACCCUCGCCCCUCCUUUAUAUAGGUCUCUCCAUGCCAUUACAGCUUUAUAGAUGCUAAUCCAUGUGACUAUCAUCCAAAUUGCUUUCUUUUGUAGUAACACUGAACUUGGCUAUAAAAGGCGGACUAGGUGACAUUCAGGAUGGACGUUAUUGGAAACGCAAGAUUGAAAUGUAAAUUUUUCAGAGGACUGGGAAACAAACGAAAGUUACACCUUCACCUGUUCUGAAUGAUGUGGAGUUGUUUCUGUCUCCAUCAUCUGGAGCCAGGAGUCUCCAGAAGUCAAUACAAAUCCUGGGAAGUAGUUUGUUAAUCCAGACUAACUCCUCCAUUGCGUUCUCUUCGAUUGUUAUUGUUCUUAUACUGUUUUGUGAACCUGUAGAAAGCAAGUGCUUUUUCAUCUUGAAAUCCAACAAAAUUGAAAGAAUAUGCAUAGAAAAAUGCAUAUAUGUAGCCAUGUCACUGUGAAUAACAAUUUUUGCGUAUUAGCCAUUUUGAUUCUUAUGUUGCAUCUUUUACUUCUCUGUUGCUGCGCAGAACCGAUCAAAAGAAAACUUCAGUUUUACAAUCUGUAUGCCUAAAAGCGGGUAUUACCGUUUUAUUUACUGACUUGUUUAAAUGAUUCGCUUUUGUAAGAAUCAGAUGGCAUUAUGCUUAUUGUACAAUGCCAUAUUGGUAUAUGACAUAACAGGAAACAGUAUUGUAUGAUAUAUUUAUAAAUACUAUAAAGAAAAUAUUGUGUUUCAUGCACUCAUGAUAUGGUUGUUAAAUUUCUAAGCAGGUUCGACCCUUGCAGAUGCCGCCUGUUUGAGCUUUGCUCAUACUGCAAGAAACACGUUGUGUGUGAGAGCUACAGUAUUGGGGAAGCACAUUCAAGUCUCUGAUAACCUGGAGGCAAUUGGCAAUCUUUAAAGAAUUUUACUUGCUUUGUCUUUUUUUUUUUUUUCUUCCAAGUGGAAUAUUUUUACUUUACCAAAUGUUGAAGUGAUACAGUGAAAAAAAGAAAUUAAGAGACAUGAAAGUUUUAGACCUGUUUGAUUACCUUUUUAUUAUUUGGUGUGGUGGGACUGUGUUUCUAAAAGCACAUGGAAUCAUUAUAGAAGCCAUAAACUGUUUGAUAUAAAUUUUAAGGAACCAGCAAGUGGCUGGAUGAUGAAGGCAUUUUAUCUAAAUUUGUUUUAAUAUAUAUGUAUAUGGUACAGUACUAACUUCAUUAAAAUUUAACUGGUACUUUAAUAUUUCCAAUAAAUUGUGGAGAAUGCCUUCUCUUUAAUGGCCUGCAAGUAGGUGCAUUUUAUUAGAGGCUUCUAUGGGUGGGGUUUUUUCAAUAGGAGGAACUUUUCCACCAUAAAGUAUGAACAGCCCAGAACACUUUUCAGUUUGUGCUUUGCUUUGGUCGAACUUUGUGUGUGUUCAUCACCCAUCAGUUAUACAUUUGUGAGGGUGUUUAUUCUAUAUGGAUAUUGUUUCAUGUUUGUACGGAAAAAUUGUAGUUAAACAUUUCAUUGUCUCCAGUCUGCAAAAGAAGCACAAUUCUUAUUGCUUUGUCUUGCUUAUAGUCAUUAAAUCAUUACUUUUGCAUAUAAAUUGCUGUUACUUGUCCUGCUUGUUUUUAUAGACCAGGUGAUUGCAAAUCCUCCACAAGGUUAUUGCUUAUUGAUGUAUAUGUCUUGUUAAACAAGAGUUGAUAUUUUUUCCUGUAGUAAACAUGUACAGUUCAAUUUCAACAGUAAAAACUUCAGUUUUAUAUACACGAAUAACUUUCAUUUAUAGCUGAUCAAAGAAAUAAACAAAUAAAAGGGAUAAUUCAUUGAAAAGCAGCAAA